AUGAACUCUGAAGAUCAUCAGCUUUUUCAGCUAUUAGAUAGGGAACUGUUUAAGAAAGCUUCACAGUUUGUUGCAUCAUUGCAGAAACGGUACCCAUCCGCCACUUAUUACAAAGUGUUAGAGCAAUAUGUCAAGUACAGGCAAUCUCCUGCGAAAUAUAGUUUUGAAAAUGGGUUAAAGUUGAUCUUGGAUGCCAAAUCUCCUCCAAGCGAUGCGAAAUCGCUAUCAAUGUGCCAUCGAUUUUUGUUGGAAUUAGGUUUUGACACCACCAGUGCAUUGGAACCUUAUGAAAGAGCAAUGAUGAAAUACGGUAAUUCGGAGACAUGUUAUGAUUGGUUCUUGGAGUCAUUGAGGGAUUUAAAUUGGAGACAUUUGAGUAAGAGUAGUUUCCAGAUGCCACGAGUCAAUGAAAAAUCGAAAUCGAGAUUGUUCCAAUUCUGGAACAGUAUUGCUACUGUAGUAUGGUUUCAGUUGGAUAAAGAUAACAUUAACGAAAGGGAAUUGGAUCUUUUACCUAAGUUGACAUAUAAAUUGACAAGCGAUUUGAAACCUUUUGAGAAUGAGCAAGAGUUGAUCGUUUUCUGUAAAGUUUGUGAAUUGUUUGAGGAUAAAUCACAGGAGAUCGUGGACGAGAUCCUCAAGUUUUGGAAACAUGGUACUUACUUAGACCUUUAUUUGAAAAACUUCCUUAUGGGCCAUUUGGUGAAAUUAGACGAUUAUAAACUCAUUUGGAAACAUGGAAUCUCGUUAUUGAAUAACCUUGACGAUUAUGGUAUUUUGCAAAAGAUUAUAGAUGCAAGUUACAAACUUGGCAAGUCAUUCGAUGAGUUAUUGGAAGUUUUGGAAAUCAAGAAUACGAGAAAUUACAUACUAGCAAGAGUCGCAGCAGCAAAACUUUAUGACGAUAGGCUAGAUCACUACCUGUUUCAGUUCAUCGAGAAAUAUCAUGAUAAACCUAGUUGUCCAAUCGAUCUUCAUAGCUUGGAAUUGAACCCAGUGAAAAUCGAGACCAUGUUUUCAAAGCUGCCUUCGGGGCUGAUACACGACAAAGCUGUUGCUCAAUUGUUCGGCAAAGGUGAUAAUUUGGAAUUGUUCUUGAAACAUAAGGAAUCUUUGUCAACAAAGCCAAAGACAGAUUACUCUAACUGCUCGUAUUUCAUCCUUGAAAUCGUGAAAGACCUAUGCCAAGACUCCAAAGUGAACUUAGAGAACGUCAUUACGUCCAUUUCGCUCUUGGAAGGUUACCAAGCAGAAGACCCCUUCAACUAUGACACCAGGGUAUGGCUUGUUCUCUUAUACAUGUAUCUGGGAUUACCAGAGAAAGCCAUUGCCCAUUUGGAGACGUUGAACAUCAAGAAUGUUCAAAACGAUUUGGUAAACCACUGGCUCUUCACACGUUCCUCGACGUUCCUGCCUAACAAGAACUACAAGUAUUGUCAAAGAAGCCUACAGCCACAGGCGAUCUAUUCAUCGUUAAAGAACAUGAGUGGGUUCCUAGUUGCCUCAUUUGAACGUAGAAGUUGGUGCAAAGUACCUGGAAUCGUAGAAUUUUACCAGAGGAUCUUCCAAUCGUUCACCAGGUGGGACGCUAUGGUGGAAACGUUGCAAAUGUCCAGGCUAUUGAACGAGAAGAAACUUGACCAAUACAAACCACUCAUUGAGAGUUUGAACACGUUCGGCGAAAACAACUUCCACAACGAAAACUGGAGCGAUAACAGAGAUUUUGACAUUUUUGGUACAGACGAUGUGACCCGAUUCCAAACGGUGCUUGCACCAAUCCACGUCGGUACCAAAUGGUUGAAGAUCAGCAUUACAAGAGAGUUGAUCUUCUACAGCCUAACUAAAAACGAACGCAAUAGGUUCAUCGACGAUACACUCGUUACCACAAACGAUGAAGAGUUGCGCGAAUUGAUGUCUCAGCACGAACUAUGGACCUGGCAACUCAUCAAAUUACUCUACAACUCCCUGGAAACAGAGGCCAUAGACUACAAGGCCAUGGCGAUGCUAAUAGAACAGUGUCCAGAAAUCAGCAAGUCUACAUGGGAAUUGAACCAUAGCUAUUUAAUCACCUUGGCAACGUUAAAGUCACUAGACCAAAUGAAACGCAUCAAGGACAAAAGCGUCAAGCAACUGAUAAAGACCAAGUUAAAAGAGACAAGAGAUACUUGCGUCCCGAUGUUCAAAUCGUACGCUGAUAUGGUCCAAUCGGUUGGUAACGGCAACAAACUACUGGAAACGGUCUCAUACUCAAAACUAACCGGUGACAUUGCUACUGAAAUCACCCAGAUGUCAAAAUCAAUCCGUAACAUAUAG